UUUACAGGUUCCAUUAUGGAUUCUUUCUCUGAAGCAAAUGGCCCCUUUGCCAUUAACCUUCUGAAAAAAUUGAGUGAAAAAGACAACUCACAAAAUGUAGUUUUUUCUCCCCUGAGCAUUUCAUCUGCCCUUGGCAUGCUUUUACUGGGGGCCAAAGGAAACACAGCAGCCCAGAUUGCAAAGGUACUUUCUUUAAACAGAGGUGGGGACAUCCACAGGGAUCUUCAGGCACUUUUCACUGAAGUGAACAAAUCUGGUACUCAGCACUCACUGAGAAUGGCCAAUAAGCUCUUCGGAGAAAAGGCUUACAAUUUCCUCCCAACAUAUAAAGAAGCUUGCCAAAACUUCUGUGGUACGGAGCUGGAAGAACUUUCCUUUGCUAAUGCCUCAGAGGAGUCCAGGAAACAUAUAAAUGCCUGGAUAGCAAAGAAGACUGAUGGUAAAAUUCCAGAAAUGUUGCCUACCUGUUCAGUUGGUCCAUUGACAAGACUGGUCCUCGUGGAUGGCAUCUAUUUCAAAGGGAAGUGGAAUGAACAGUUUGAGGAAAACUAUACAAGGGAGAUAUUUUUUAAAACCAGAAAGAAUGAGAAAAAACCGGUACAGAUGAUGUUUAAAGAAGCGACAUUCAAGAUGACCUACAUAAAGGAAAUGUCCACCAAGAUCCUGGAGCUGCCCUAUGUGGGUGAGGAGCUGAGCAUGGUCAUUAUACUUCCUGAUGAGAACAUUGAUCUCAAUAGGGUAGAAGCAGAACUGACCUAUGAGAAAUUCAUAGCUUGGACAAGACCAGACAAGAUGAAGAUAACAGAAGUCGGUGUGUUUCUCCCCAAAUUUAAACUAGAGGAACAUUAUGACAUGGAAUCUCUUCUUCGCAGUUUGGGAAUACUGGAUGCUUUUGAGGGAGGCAAAGCUGACUUUUCUGGAAUGUCAGCUCAGGAAGGCCUGUUUUUGUCCAAGGUUCUACACAAGUCCUAUGUGGAGGUUGAUGAAGAAGGUGCUGAGGAAGAUGCUGCUGCAAUUUUCCGAGUGCCCCUCUGUGGAAAAAUUCUGCCAACCUUCAUUCCUGAUCAUCCUUUCCUCUUCUUUAUCCGGCACAACAAAACCAACAGCAUCCUCUUCUGUGGCAAAUUUUCUUCUCCAUGAAGAUAUGCAAUUAUUUUGCUUAUAGUCCAUUUGCUUUUGCUGCUUCUCUAUAUUUUCCCCAAAGGUAGAAUAGUAGUCUCUCAUCCAAAGUAACAUCCUUAAUGCAGCAAGCAGGGCAGGAACAGCAAUUAUACUUUUUUUUUUUUCAUAUUUCCUCCAUUACCUAGCACAG